AUGGUUCACUCGACAGGCGAAGAGCGCGCUGUACAUCUGACACGGGAGGCUGUUGAGCUGGCAGACGCUGGCCACCGUGAGGCUGCCUCGCGAAAUCUCCGGGAAGCUCUUUCCUUAGCACCAGAAAAUCCAACCGUCAAAGCUGCCAUUAUCAAGAUUCAACAAGAGGAAAAUAAUGGUCACUACCUGCUAGACCUGUGCCGCCGAUAUACCUCUGGAAAGGACGAGAGCGCGGGAAAGGAUGCAGCUCUCUAUCUCCGCACCGAUGGUCUCAAACCUUCAGAGGAGGUGGCGUUGGAAUGCGUCAAAUUCAUACUAGCACGGGAACCUUCUAGCCUAUCUUCUCUCCAAGAUGAUAUUAUCUCGGGAUUGGUGCGCCAGAACGCCAGCGUACGGCAAUACUUCUCGGACCGGCUUCAGGUAUCUGUCACGACUUUCUUUGACGAGAUCUAUGAUCGGGGCGAUGGAGCGGCAGUCUGUCUGGAUACUGUGGUCCUGGAUCAUGCCGUGUGGCCAUCAGAGGAUACGCGCCUGCACUGUGAAAGCGAACUCUUCCAGCUCUUCAUCGCUAAGCUCAUGGAAUCGGGACAUGACUUGGAUGGUCGGUCGCUGAAAGGUAUUGCACGCCUACUCGCGGUCGAUGCGGUCAAGCUGCAACAUCUGGUCGAUGAUGAAGGACUUGACGUGAUCCUUGCCUCCCUUGACAUUAGACUUCCUCUCGAGGUGAGGAGCCAGGCAACUCUCGCGACAGUCAAAUACCUCGAAACUUCGAAGGAAGCAGGGCAGGACCGUUUCUCGCGACUUCUUUCCACGAAAGUGACGAAUGCACGCAAUGACGAUCACAUAGUCGCAUUUUCCGCCCUCGCUGCCGUUUUCCCUGUUGUGCCAGAUAUUGCUGCUUCCCUGUUCCUGUCGGAAAAUUUCAUUAGUUCUCUCACGCCAUUUACCUCGAGGAACAUGAAGAGCCGGAACGUGGAAACGGCCAUUCUGGAGCUGUUGAAUGCAGCCUGCAUACACCAGGCCUGUCGAGAUGCUGUUUCUAAGCACCUCUCCGAUUGGCUCUCUCACCUUUUGACGAAUGGCAACGAUCAGAGCUCAGAGUUGGCAGCGGUGAUAUUGGCGAAGGUUCGGGCUUCUGAAAAAGAAAAUCGUACCACGUCCAAUGGUAAAGAUCAUGAGGAGGACGGCCAGACAGCGGAGCUGGUCAAACGCUUCAAGGAACAGAUCUCGAAGCAUAAGGACGAGAGUGUUUCGAACGCAAUCGAAGGUUUGGCCUAUUCUUCCGUCAAGCCAGUUGUAAAGGAGCAGCUUGCGAAGGAUUCUGCUUUCUUGAAAGAUUUGAUCAAGGUGCUGAAAGGCAGUAUCAUCGACGCAUCGGUGCUUUAUGGUGGCCUGAUGAUCAUUUUGAAUCUCACACAGUUUCUACCCUCGAUGACCGAAGAACAGAAGAAGAUGUCUCAACUCAGAGCGUACGCAGACGCUUCGGGCGCGACAGCACGAGCUGGGCCGCAUCCGCUAGACGACGACGAGCACGUCAUCGCUCGUUGCAGCGCCGUAGUUCAGGCCGGGGUCAUGCCUCUUUUCAUCGAAUGCAGCAAGAGCAGUCUGCCUUCCGCGCAGGGGCUCGUGAGCAAAAUCCUGCUCUCUUUGUCCCGAGACCGCAAAUCUAGAGGAACUCUUGCGCAACAAGGCGCGGUUAAGCUACUUCUCAGCCUGGGGUCUGCUAGACAAGGCACGUCGGGCUCAAUUUCUGACGAGGCAAUGCAGAGCGCCUCGCAUGCACUCGCCCGUAUACUUAUCUCUGUCAACCCGUCCCUCGUUUUCCCAUCCUCCGGAAUCCCUCAGGUCACCUCAGCCGUUCGGCCUUUGACCAGUCUGUUGACGACGCCUGAAGUAGGCAACUUGAGUGCAGAACAGCCGCGCGAUUUGCUACCUGUGUUUGAGGGCCUUCUCGCUUUAACGAAUCUUGCAUCGUACCCGGAUCCGUCCGCAGCGGAGGCCAUAGUUCGCCAUGCAUGGACAGUUGUCGAAGACCUCCUACUCUCCAGUAGCCCUAUGAUUCAACGAGCAUCAUGUGAACUGGUUUGCAAUCUGAUGACGUGCGAGUCUGGUGUAGCGAAAUUUGCUGAUGGCUCCAAGCGGGCUGCUCAGCGGCUCCACAUCCUGCUGGCGCUCACUGACACCGAUGACAUGGAGACACGCAGAGCUGCCGGUGGCGCGCUGGCUAUGCUUACCGAGCUCGAUGCUGCUAUUGCGGGCAUCCUCGAUCGGCCGCGUGGCGUUGAGCUACUUCUGGGUCUCUGUAAAGAAGACGACGAAGGGCUUGUGCAUCGGGGUGUGGCGUGUAUUCGGAAUCUGACCUGCGUGGCAACUGGUGACAUAUCUAAGCGCGCGAAAGAAAUGGUGGAGAAGUGUGGAGGGGUCGAUAUACUGACCAGUGUGCUGAAGAAGGCGUCGAACCCGGCGAUACUCCAGACUGGAGUAGAAGCUUUGAAGCCACUAGUCAAGAGCCAAUAA